AUGAGCGCAAUUGGAAUUGAUUUAGGAACGACUUAUUCUUGCGUCGGUGUGUGGCAACAUGGUAAUGUGGAUAUUAUAGCUAACGAUCAAGGUAAUAGAACAACGCCUUCCUAUGUAGCGUUCACUGACACCGAACGCCUCAUCGGAGACGCUGCCAAAAACCAGGUCGCUCUGAACCCCGUUAAUACAAUCUUCGACGCCAAACGUCUCAUAGGUAGAAAGUUUGACGAUCCUAAGAUCCAGCAAGAUCUCAAACACUGGCCUUUCAAAGUCAUUAACGAGGGUAGUAAACCAAAAAUACAAGUAACGUAUAAAGGCGAGACGAAACGUUUCGCUCCCGAAGAGAUUAGCAGCAUGGUUCUGACGAAAAUGAAAGAGACGGCCGAGGCAUAUCUGGGAAGAACAGUCAAAAAUGCCGUCAUAACAGUCCCAGCUUACUUCAAUGACUCUCAGCGCCAAGCGACUAAAGACGCCGGAGCAAUCGCUGGCCUCAACGUCCUCCGUAUCAUCAACGAACCAACUGCAGCCGCCCUUGCUUAUGGGCUGGACAAAAAUCUGAAAGGGGAAAGAAAUGUUCUGAUUUUUGAUCUAGGCGGCGGUACAUUUGAUGUCUCAAUACUUAACAUAGACGAGGGAUCGCUAUUCGAAGUAAAAGCUACAGCAGGAGACACACAUCUAGGUGGCGAAGACUUUGAUAAUCGUCUAGUAAACUUUUUAGCCGAUGAAUUUAAACGAAAGCACAAAAAGGAUUUGCGUACUAACCCAAAGGCAUUGCGUCGUCUUAGAACAGCUGCGGAGCGCGCUAAAAGGACGUUGUCUUCCAGUACUGAAGCAAAUAUCGAAAUCGAUGCCUUAUUUGAGGGCAUUGACUUUUAUUCAAGAAUUUCCAGAGCGCGCUUUGAAGAACUGAACGCUGAUUUGUUCCGCGUAACUUUGGAUCCAGUAGAAAAAGCGUUGAAGGAUGCAAAGCUUGACAAAAAUUCCAUUAACGACAUCGUUUUGGUUGGGGGCUCUACUCGCAUUCCAAAGAUACAGAGCCUGUUGCAGAAUUUCUUUAACGGCAAAAAGCUCAACUUGUCUAUUAAUCCCGACGAAGCCGUUGCCUACGGAGCCGCGGUUCAAGCUGCUAUAUUGAGCGGGGAGCGUCAUUCCAAAAUUCAAGACGUUUUGUUGGUGGAUGUGACGCCGUUGUCUUUGGGUAUCGAAACAGCCGGUGGGGUUAUGACCAAAAUAGUAGAGCGUAAUGCGAAGAUACCGUGUAAGCAUUCCCAAACCUUCACAACAUAUUCGGAUAAUCAGCCAGCAGUAACAAUUCAAGUUUACGAAGGCGAAAGGGCUAUGACGAAAGACAAUAAUCUCUUAGGAACUUUUGAUCUCACCGGAAUACCUCCGGCGCCACGGAACGUUCCUCAAAUUGAUGUGGCAUUCGAUUUGGACGCCAAUGGUAUAUUAAAUGUUUCUGCCAAAGAAAACAGUACGGGCAAGAGCAAGAACAUAGUCAUCAAAAAUGAUAAAGGACGCUUAUCUCAGGCAGACAUAGAUCGAAUGGUUGCUGAUGCUGAGAAGUACAGAGACGAAGAUGAGAGGCAGAGAGAACGUGUGGCAUCAAGGAAUAAACUGGAAACGUAUAUUUUUGGAAUCAAACAAGCGAUUGACGAAGCGGGGUCUAAACUAAGCGACGCGGAAUGCUCCAAAGCAAGAAGAUUAUGUGACGAUACUCUGCGUUGGCUGGAGAAGAAUUCUUUGGCUGAGAAAGACGAAUACGAGGACAAGAUCAAGGAAGUGUCAGCUGUUUGUGCGCCUAUAAUGAGGAAGAUUCAUGGCGCUGGUUCUAAGAAACCACAGGGCGCCAACAAUAGCGACGGCCCGCUGAUUGAAGAAAUUAGUUAA